CGAUUAGAUUUAGACGGUAACGCAGCGCACGUGUUAGCAAAGAGGGAGAUGAGCGACCAUCGCCAACGAUCCUUCUCCCGCAAAUUGGAUUAAAAACUGCGGGCAGCGCUCCCAUUUCUCUCGGUCAUGGCCACACUGAGUAAGGAGGCAAGAAGGUUGUAAAGAGAGAGAAGGAGGUUUGGCUUCAUAUACAGAUGGGGAGGGUGUACGUUUUAGAGCUUGAUGGGAAGGUCUAUCGCUGCAGAUACUGCAAAAGCCACUUAGCCCUUGCCAAGGACCUUGCGUCCAAGGUGGAUUUCCAUUGUCGUCAAGGGAAGGCAUACUUAUUCCAUAAUGUUGUAAACGUGAACAUUGGGGACCUAGAAGAAAGAUUGAUGACAUCUGGUAUGCAUACUGUAGCUGAUAUUUUCUGCAGCUGCUGUGGGCAGAUAGUAGGAUGGAAAUAUGAGGCUGCGCAUGAAAAAACUCAGAAGUACAAAGAAGGGAAAUUUAUCCUUGAGAGAGGAAGGAUUGUGAAUGGGAUAGACUCAGAGUUCUAUCUUGAUACCCACUUGGGUGGGAGUAGUGAUGCAGAAGAUGCUUAAGAGGGUUCAUCUUUUGUGGUUAUACUUGUAUAUAUAUAAAUAUAUUCAUUCCUAGAAAUAGAAAUACCUGCACUCGAAUUAAUAAGAACAAUGCAAAACCCUAGGUUGUUUGCUGUAAUUGAUAUUGCAUGCUAUACAUAUGUUGUCUGACCUUCUUGUUCUACUUACCAAGGUGGCAUAGAUUGAAGAAACCCUGAGUGAUUGUUAUUAACUGAACUUUGAAGCAAUCAAGAAUGCUCCUCACUUCUCAUAA